AUGACCCCCCUGUGGAAAGGGGAGAUCGUCACGAACACGAAGGUGUGCUCCGUUUUACUCUACAACCCCCGCAACUGUCACGGGACUUGUCUGAAGGUAACCAGCCGGGGAGCGCUGAAGGCCCGAGAACACUUGAUGCGUGUCGGUAAGGGUAAUGUCCUGUAUGACUCCCAGCCCCUCUCUGUGUCAGUAGGUAAGGGUAAUGUCCUGUAUGACUCCCAGCCCCUCUCUGUGUCAGUAGGUAAGGGUAAUGUCCUGUGUGACUCCCAGCCCCUCUCUGUGUCAGUAGGUAAGGGUAAUGUCCUGUGUGACUCCCAGCCCCUCUCUGUGUCAGUAGGUAAGGGUAAUGUCCUGUGUGACUCCCAGCCCCUCUCUGUGUCAGUAGAUAAGGGUAAUGUCCUGUGUGACUCCCUGCCCCUCUCGGUGUCAGUAGGUAAGGGUAAUGUCCUGUAUGACUCCCAGCCCCUCUCUGUGUCAGUAGGUAAGGGUAAUGUCCUGUGUGACUCCCAGCCCCUCUCUGUGUCAGUAGGUAAGGGUAAUGUCCUGUGUGACUCCCAGCCCCUCUCUGUGUCAGUAGAUAAGGGUAAUGUCCUGUGUGACUCCCUGCCCCUCUCGGUGUCAGUAGGUAAGGGUAAUGUCCUGUAUGACUCCCAGCCCCUCUCGGUGUCAGUAGGUAAGGGUAAUGUCCUGUAUGACUCCCAGCCCCUCUCUGUGUCAGUAGAUAAGGGUAAUGUCCUGUAUGACUCCCUGCCCCUCUCGGUGUCAGUAGGUAAGGGUAAUGUCCUGUAUGACUCCCAGCCCCUCUCGGUGUCAGUAGGUAAGGGUAAUGUCCUGUAUGACUCCCAGCCCCUCUCUGUGUCAGUGGGUAAGGGUAAUGUCCUGUAUGACUCCCUGCCCCUCUGUGUCAGUAAGGGUAAUGUCCUGUAUGACUCCCAGCCCCUCUCUGUGUCAGUAGAUAAGGGUAAUGUCCUGUAUGACUCCCUGGCCCUCUCUGUGUCAGUAGAUAAGGGUAAUGUCCUGUAUGACUCCCAGCCCCUCUCUGUGUCAGUAGGUAAGGGUAAUGUCCUGUGUGACUCCCUGCCCCUCUCUGUGUCAGUAGGUAAGGGUAAUGUCCUGUAUGACUCCCUGCUCCUCUCUGUGUCAGUAGGUAAGGGUAAUGUCCUGUAUGACUCCCUGCCCCCAGUGUGUCCAGUGUGCCAUGCUGUGUUACCACCAGGUGAGCUACAGGAGCACAUGGAGCAGGAGAUGGGCAGACUGGCACAGUUACAAAUCAGUACUAAUUCAGUGCAGAGGAACCAUCCAUUAGGAGCUACUAAGACCCUCUCACUAUCUCUGCACAUUAAAUGUGAGGGUGGGUCCCCCACCUCUCUCUCCUGCCCUCCUGAAGAGCCCCACACAGACAGAUACCAGACGUUUCUGCGUGUGAGGACAAACAGACAUGCAAGACUGAAUGUCGAUGAUUGGUGCUACGCCAAACCCGCUCCUUUAAGUCCCCACAACAGAAGUCAUCUAACCCCAGACUGCAAAAGAAUUGUCAGGAUCGGCAAGCUGAAGAGGAGGAGUCCUUACGUGGGCCAGGACAUUUUGUUGGACCUGGGGGGGGAGGAGUGGGGUGAGCGGAGGAGAAUACGGAUGACAUCCAUACUGGGAGGGUGUGAAGGGUCGGUGUUUGUGAGCAGCAGCACGUCUAAGGAAAGCCGUGGUGACCGUGCCGCUGACCUGGACGUGGAUGGAGAUGACACUCUGCAGUAUGGAAGAGUACAAUGUAUGGAGGCAGACAUCCCCUGUUCAGGGAAGGAUCCUGGGGUGGUGGAGGAGAGGGAAGCACUGAGGGGGGCGGUUUUAAAUGGUGGUACACUGUCCAACAGAGUAACUCUGGAACAUUCCAAAUGGACAAAUGAGGGAAGUCCAUCAACUAGCAACGGAGAGAGCAACAAACUGGAUAACAGCAUAGCCUCCCUACACAGGACCUGUAAACAUAGUGACAUUGAUAUGGUCUCUGAGCUGACGACGUUGGAUUCACUAAGAAGUCGUAUACGGGACCUAGAGAAGCAGCUGUCCAGAGGAGACAGACACAGCUGUCUUAUCUGUAGGGUGAGGAGACACUUACACAACACCCUCACCUCCAUCCAGUGCUGGCAUGCCCACUGUGAGGAGUGUUGGCUCCGCACUCUGGUGUGCACCGGGGCCUCCCACUCCUCUUUCUAUUCUGGUUAG